AUGUGGUUAAUGCAAUGUUGACCUUCUGAAGAUGACAGCGGGCAAACCUUUCUCGAGUGCUGAAAUGACACGAAUGUGCUUCAUCUUGCUGCUGAUCAGUAACGCCGUUUCAGUCUCCACGCAGUUCAAUGGGUACAACUGUGACGCCAGUUACCACAGCAGGUUUCCUGGCGAGCGUGACAUCAGUGUGUACUGUGGUGUUCAGACCAUCACCUUAAAGAUCAACUUCUGCCCAGUGCUCUUUUCCGGAUACACCGACGCAGAUUUGGCCCUCAAUGGUCACCACAGUGAUGCUCAGUGCAGGGGCUUCAUCAACAAUAACACCUUCCCCACCGCGGUCCUGUUCAGCAUCAGUCUCAGCACUCUGGAGGCCUGCGGUAACAGCCUGGUGGUCAGCACAGCCUACGGGGCCAAUGCCUAUGGGAACAUGUCUCUGGUACAAAUUGGGAAUGUCUCGGGCUAUAUCGACACCCCUGACCCACCGACUAUAAUCAGCUACCUGCCUGGUUUGCUGUAUAAAUUCAGCUGCAGCUAUCCGCUGGAGUACCUGGUCAAUAACUCACAGCUGGCGUCCUCCUCUGCGGCUGUAUCUGUCAAGGACAGCAACGGUACAUUUGUGAGCACGUUGAGUAUGUUCCUGUACAAUGAUUCAACGUACAACCAACCUCUCUCUAUUCCAAUGGCUGGACUGGCUCUGAAAACCAGAGUAUUCGCCGCAGUGAAAGCCACAAACUUAGACAAACGGUGGAACAUCUUGAUGGACUACUGUUACACAACCCCCUCAGGGAAUCCUAAUGAUGAACUCCGCUAUGACCUUUUCUUUGGCUGCUACAAAGACCCACAGACGACAGUUUUCGAGAAUGGGAAGAGUCAGAUGGGACGUUUUUCCUUCGAGGUUUUCCGUUUUGUUAAACACAGACACCAGAAGAUGUCGACUGUGUUUUUGCACUGCGUCACCAAGCUGUGCCGAGCAGAUGACUGCAUCAUGCUCAUACCAAUUUGUGGGCGACGGCGCAGGCGAGAUGAAGGGGAGAGCAUUGAUUCUCCACCACCAUCAGCAUCUGGGAACGCCGUCAUCACUGCUGGACCAAUCAUCACCAGGAGUGAUGAAACUCCUGUCAACAACUCCCAAAUCGCAUCUGGUGACCCCUCCCAGCCAAUGAACCCAGUGACCAGUGCUCUGAUAUCAGGCGUGGUCAUCCUGGGCGGGGUCAGCGUGGGCUUCUUCCUGCUGUCGCUGCACCUCCUGCAGAGGUCCCGCCUCCCAUCGACCACAGCCUCAGGUGUCUGGAACCCCAGCUUUAAAUGA